AUGCCCGUAGCAUUACCAAGGAGAACCCCCUUGAUUGAUUGUAAGAAGGAAGCCGCAUUUCGAGGUUAUACUGUGUUUGGUAUCCAGAACGGUAUUGAAUGUUGGUCAGGUCCGAAUGCACCAAAUACCUAUGAUAAAUAUGGAACAUCAACUGCAUGUAAGAACGGCGAAGGAGGUCCUUGGGCGAAUGAUGUGUAUCGCAUUACCUCAGGUGAACUGAACUAACUUAGUUAUAGCUCCGUCAGUUCUCAACUAAUCUUUCUGGAGGUAUACUGGAUAGCUCUACCAGCGCUAAACUGCUCUUCCUAGAGGUCCUGAGUAUAAGCUCAAUCCCUUGUUGAUCCAGUGUUAUUACUGCAGGAGGAAACCUACCCAGUAUAAAUAUAUAAUUAGUUUCGAUCAGCUCUAAACUACUCUUUCUAGAGGUCCAGUAAGCUCAAUCCCUUGUUUAUCCAGUGUCACUGCUGUAGAAACCUAACCUAGACUAACUAUAUAUUUACACUGAAUAGCCCUAUCAGUUCUAACUUCUAGAAUGCUAAUCCAAAAGGUCCAGUAAGGGCUAUCUUUUAUUGAUCCAGUGUUACUACAGGAGAAAACCUAAGCCAAAGUGAUGUCUUGUAUUGGAUAUCUCUGUCAGUUCCAAACUGUUUUCCUAGAUGUAUUCUUUAUUCCUCCAGUGUUACUACAGAAAAAAGUACACUAAACUAACUAUAUACUGGAUAGCUCUAAAAGUUAUAAACUGUUCUUCCUAGAGGUCCAGUAAGGGCCAUCCCUUAUCAGUGAUCAGUGUUACUACGGCAGAAAACCUAUAAAACUACACUAAUUUCAUAUACACUGGAUAAUUCUUAUAUCAGUUCUAAAUUGUUCUGCCUAGAGGCUCGGUUCGUAUCUUACUGCAUGGUCUUGUGUUACUGUACUAAAGCAGGAGAACGGUAAUCCAGGAAAUAACUUGCGAUGUUUGGCCGGUAGAGUCAAACUGGAAGCACAGACUCUUCUCGCAUGCAUCUGAAGCGAAAGUAUAAUCAGUUUAUUGUAGAAUAUUAUAUAAAGUAUAGUGCUUUAUAGAGAUUUCGAGCACUGAUAAAAGUGAUAAUCUCACAUGUGAGAUUAUUCAUGAUAAUCUCACAUGUGAAAAUUAUCGCUUUUCAAUUAUCGCUUUUCUGUAGAAAUUAUUGCUUUUCAAAGACUGUCCUUGAUAUAAUAUACAGAAAAAUACAUGGGUGCUUGGAAAUACCGGAUUUAUUUCUCGUGUUGAACAUGAUAUCUCACUCGUUCGCUGCGCUCACUCGUGAAAUAUCAUGUUCAACACUCGAAAUAAAUCUGGUAUUUCCGCGCACCCAUGUAUUAUUCUCUAUUUGUGCACUAUAACUACCGAUCUUUGUGUUUUCACAAUAUUUCAGACAAUGCUCAGUUGGCAGGGAUAUUGGAAGACGUCAUUUCAAAUGCAGCCAGUAUUGAUGAUGUUGAUGUCGAGGUACGAUUACUUAAGCCUCACGUGGUCUCCAAGUAACAGCUAGUCAAUAAUAAUGUGAAAUAGGUUGGAUCUCAUGAUAGAGUGGAAGAAUUUUUUUUUACGAAUUGAAAGUGCAGAAUCAUUUGCUAAAAGGAUUCUAGAAAAUUUUUAUAGCAUUUUCAUCAUUACUUUUUUCAAAAAACCGAUGUUUCACCAUAGAAUGAAGAAACUCAAAAAAAAUGUCACACAUUGAAAUUUUCCCACAGAACUAAAUUUUUCCAAUCAUUAAUGAUAAAUGGAUCUACUCACCUUUUAAUCACUUUCAUCAUUCUCUUUUAGGCUUUCGUAUCACAAUCAAGUAAAUUGUUAAAUCUGUCAAAUUCGGAAUGGAAAAAAGUAAGUAACUGUGGGUUUCAUGCUACGGUGAAGACCAUACAUGUUAAACUAGUUUCAUAUUAAUCUGACACUGCAAUCGAGCAACGAAAAAUUCGUUGGCUCGAGCGAGAUUUGAACUCGCAUCUUCGGGUAUCUAGACCGCCGCUCUACCUAUUGAGCUAUCGAGUCAACAGGGAUUGGUAGCGAGUCUUAUCCAAUUUAAGUGCACGAAAUAUUUUCGUGACGACUUAACUUAGCGGCGGUCUAGAUACCCGAAGAUGCGAGUUCAAAUCCCGCUCGAGCCAACGAAUUUUUCGUUGCUCGAUUGCAGUGUCAGAUUAAUAUGAAACUAGUUUUUCGUAUCUCUGAGGAUGGUUCUGAAAUAGAAUUCAUACAUGUUAAACUGGGCAAUUUUUUCUACAACUUGCAACGCAAUUUCUACCUUUGUAGGAAAUUGUUUCUACCUUCGUUUCUUCGCAAUUUCUACCUUUGUAGAUAAUUUCGACUCAUGUCAUUGCGGCCACAUUAUGACUCAUGUCUGAUCACGGAGGAAGGGUCAUUUUGGGGCCAACCCACCUCGUCAACUUUCCCUGUGGGAGGAAACCGGGGCACCCGGAGAAAACCACGGCUUUCGGCAGAGCGUUGACUGACUCUUUUUCACAUAAGUGUCAUGAGUCCACGAUCUCAGAGGUGAAUUUCAACCCGCUUGCUCUGAUGAGUGCGCCACCGAAUCGUGUCUUUAACAACUGCUUUAGGAGAACAAUACAAAUAUUGCGCUACUGUAGCCCCUAAUAAAGAAUAACUGGAAGCUUUCAACCCACAUGCGAUUGAGGCGAAAUUACAAUCAGGCUACUGCGGGAAUGGAACACCGCUCGCAGAGAUGAAAGAUAUAUGCAUUGCCAUUGAGUUCAUUUUGUUUAUUUUGUCUUAUCAAUCACAGAAUCCAAAGGUUGCAGAUAAUUUUCUCUCUGCAACAGAAGGCUUACUGGGCCUUGGCAUGAGUGCAAACCAGCCGAAAUCUGCAAAGAGUGGUCUCAUGGGUAAGUAACGGCUGUUAAACAAGUUUUAGCCCACAUGUUUCGCUCGCUACUGUGGCUUUGAGUAAAUAGAUGAGGAUGUAACCUCUCGAGGCCUUGAGGAAAAUAUCUAUCGUGUUUGAUAUGUUUCACCUCGCAAUGAAAAAAAAUCUCAACGUCUGCGGAUGUUGCGAGUUUAGUGCCGAGCUGCUGCAAUUAACUAGCCAAUAAGAACCCAUAGUUUCUUCACGUGACUUUGGUCAAAAUGGCGGGAAAUGCGAACGAUGUUGCUGUUUUCCCAAAUGCAUGCUAUAGCCAUAUAUAGCUGAACUAACCGACACUCAGCAAGUUUAUCUCGUGUGCUGCAGGUUUCAACUAAUGUUUCAUUCUUUUCUAGUAUUUUCCGUCAACAAAGAAGACACGACAAACAAAGAAUCAUUAGUUUUCCCCGACUAUAAUGAUGCAGCCUUCUCAACGCAUUCUUCCACGGACAGUUUUAUAGUUCCUACGACCAGCGACACGGCUGCAAGUAAGGGCAGACUGGUUGGAAUCAAACUUUUCUAAAUCCUCCGCUCCAUAAACACUCCGGUUAAAAGUUUUCUGGUUCACCCAGAAAUAACUCUAUUUUGGGUUCACCUAAAGCCCCGUUUACACUUGCAAUAGACCUUUCCCCUUUUAAUUGAAAUUUUGAUCUAGACUAGCCUGAACCUUCACCGUCACGUGUGUAUUGUAUUUUUGCCAAAUCCACCAAUAGCAAUUUCCAAUUUCCCUAUUGUUCGAGUCACGGAUAGGUAACUUUCCCAAGACAUUGCUAUUGGUUAGUUGGGCAAAAAUACAAUACGCACGUGACGGCGAAGGACCAGAUUUAUGAAUAAACAUUGACUAACAUAGAUAACGAGUUAUAUUGUUAUUCUAAUGAGUUUCAUAGCCAUCUUCCCCUCGAUAGGCUAUGCUCUAAGUAACACUAUCCCUCCCCUGAUCCUAAAGCCGGUUUUCCACUUCGACCGUAUCGUACCGAAACGUACUGGUGAGCAUGCGCAGAUUGAAAAGAGGUUUAUAAAUCCACGUACUUCCGGGUGUAUUCGCGUAUCAAAAUAAAAAGUUCGUCGCAAGUCAACUUUUUGGCGUACUACGGAAGAACUAACCAAUCAACAUUCACGAAAUUUUGAAAUUUAAAAACGUUUCGGUAUACGGUACGCUUGAAGUGGAAAACCGGCUUAACUCCCAACGUAGUACUUGCGUGAAACUUGUUUAUGUUAUGUUUUGUAUAUUCUAUGUGUUUUAUUUCAGCAAAUAUUGGUGGGUAUGUCUACAACAACUUACAUGAGAAGCUAACAACAUCACUCAACGAAACUGAUCAAAUGUAAGUCAUUUUAAUGCCGACUUGUGUACCCGAGAAAAUAUCCAAUAAAUGAAAGAUGGAAAAGAUAGAAGUCAGGAAUAGAAAAAAAAGGAAUAAAGUUUUAAAGGGUUGGAGCUAUUUGCAAUGGAAGAUUGCAGCUAUCGACUAAUUUUUGAUCUAGACAAGAAAGACGAAAUCUAUCAUUAUAGCUCAAAAAAUAGUAAAAUUGCGAAGUUUGGUUGCGAAAUGUUAUAAAAUACGAAAAAUAUAGCCCUGUGAAAUUAGCAAAUUUUGAGUAUUUUAGUAUUGCGCGCGGAAAAAUGCACCACUUUUGAGCCGAAGGAAGGGAGUGAAUCACACGAGAAAGAAGACUAAGAAAAUAUGAAAGAAAGAAUAGAUAGUGAGUUAACAGUUGGACGGACAAUUCGUUUUUACUAUUCUAAUUUUACAAUAAAUUUUAGGUAUCGUUCUGACCUUAGUCAAGACAUUGCAUCAAAGAUUCUUUCUUGCCAAGUUAAUCCACCAAUCAAGUUUGGUCUAAACACAAAUAAAACCGUUCUCAUUACAUUAGAACACAAUAAGGUAACAAUUAAACAGAAUUAUGACAUAGAAUUUCGGUAAGAUAACUAAACAGACAGCAAUGUAAUGAAUAUUUCCUUUUCUUUUAGCCAUUUUCAAAUGAAGCAACAGCCAUCUGCGCAUUUUGGAAACAUGCCGAAAAGUUAGUUUUGUUGUCUUAGUAACUUAGACUAUAGAGAAUUAAGCCGGCGUGUGCUAAACUACCCGAGGUUUUUCAGAUAUUUUAGACACAAACCACGGUAGUUUAUUGUAGAAUACUGCCUAAACUAGACCUAUAAAUUCUUCUAAUGUAUAAUCCGAAAUUAUUUUUUCUAGUAAUGAAUCAGGUUUAUGGUCAACAGAAGGAUGCAAUGUGAUAUCUUCAAACAAGACACACACCCAAUGUAAUUGUACACAUUUGACCAAUUUUGCCAUCUUGAUGCAGUACCGCGAAGUCGAGGUAAGAAUACAUAAAGUAAACUAUUUUUAUUGUCUAGGUUUUCUUCUGGUAUUCCGCGGUUUUCCCCUGGGGUGCCUCUUACUGGAACUCUAGGAAUUACUCAUAAUAAAGCUACUUUAGUAUAUCAAUAAGAGAUGGCCUUACUGGGUCUAUAGGAAGAACAACUUAGAACUGAAAGAGGUAUCCGUUUAGAAAGUUAAAUUUAAAUUUCCUCCUGUAAUAACACUGGAGCAAGAAGGUAUAUACGUCUCGUAAUGGACCUCUGGGAAGAAUAGUUUAGAACUGAUAGAGCUAUUCAGUAUAAAUAAAGUGAAUUUAUCAAGAUUUCCUUCUGUACUAACACUGGAUCGAUAAGGUAUGUCUCUUACUAGACCUCAAGGAAGAACAGUUUAGAACUGAUAGAGCUAUCCAGUAAAUAAAGUUAGUUUAAGUUCAAUUGUCAACUUCUGUGUAAACAACAAAGUUUUGAUCAUUUUCAGGUGGAUGAUGGACACAAACGUGCAUUGACCAUUCUAACAAACGUUGGGUGUUCUUUAUCUCUUCUUGCAAUCUUUGUCACUGUGAGCAUUUACCUCUACUUUCGGUAAGAUUCCUAAAUUUACUUUUCCAACUUCACCACAAGGAUGGAACAAGUUAAUUUAAGUUUCCUUCGAACAGAAAUGUUUGAAUACAGGCCUGCAAAUUAGUGCCGGUCAUCGGACAUUGUCCGUCCAAAUUUUACCUUUUGUCCGAUCAAAGCUUUUUAUGAUUGGACAUGUGACCGACCAAUUUAGGUUGGUCAAAUGUCCAAUCUCAAAAAAUUGAUUUUGAACACAAUUUCAUUAUUGAAACCAAAGCAAUAUAAACGACACUCCUCCAUUAUUUCCUGGCUGCAUUAAGCCGUAAGAUUUAAUUACAAAUAUAAAUCGUCUUCUUAUAACAUGGUAGAAAUUAAAGUUAUGUAUAACCUGAACCAUAGUUUACUGAAAAUGCAGUAGGACUGAUAGAUUUAUACUCAGUUUUAGAUGCACUGCAGUGCAGAUCAACAUGACCGGCAAAAAUACAUCAUGCUAGUAUGACAAAAAAACAUGAAAAAUUUUCCUUCGUCCAUUGUCCGAGAAAAACUGCUAAAUGUCUGACCACUUUUUGUCUUGAUCGGACAUAUGUCCUUCCAAUUAGCAAAAUAAUUAUUUGCAGGACUGUGAAUAGUACAGGGUUCUUCCCGUAAUUCAAAUCUAAAUUUUAAGGUCAUGCUAAGGACUAUUUUCUGUUUUAUCCAAACUAAAAAAUAUUUCACAAAUAAUAUUAUGUCUGCUUUUUAUCAUUUUAGAUUACAUCGAUCAACCAAUUUUCAUAUUCAUAUGAAUCUAUGUUUCGCUAUUGCAUUGGCCCAAAUUUUCCUGCUGUUCUCCGUCAAAGGAAAGAAUAAUGAGGUAAGAUAAAAUGCACAAAUUUUUUUAAUAUUUUCUCAAAUUUUCCUAGUUUGCCCACACGGACAUUGUUGCGGAAAUAAAUUUUGUUGAGUCAAAAUUGUUUCUCAAACAAAUUCGAAGAAAAAUUGUUUACUAAAUUUGACAUUCGUAAUUAGUGAAACAAUAUUUCCUGGUUUGGCCACCUUCAGCAAAAAUGGCUAAGAAACAAUGUUUCCUGGUUGGCCCACCUUCGGAAAACACGGCUAGGAAACAAAAUUUGCCCAAGGUUUAAUUAAAGCUUUCUUAUUCAGAGUCUCUGUGUCGCAGUGUCGAUAUGCCUACAUUAUUUCUGUCUAUGUGUGUUUACAUGGAUGUUGGUCGAAGGAUUACAAAUCUACAAGAAAGUCGUGUCUAUUUUUUCAUCAUCUAUGAACUUGAUUUGCUGUCAUCUCAUUGGAUGGGGUAAUAAUCUUAAUUUUAAUCGUUAUAUAAAUCUUAAAAAGCAUUAAUCCUGAAAUUAAUCCAAAUAUUAAUCUUAAUCCUAAACUUCAAAAAUUAAUCUUAAUCCUAAAAUUAAUCCAAAUAUUAAUCUUAAUCCUAAGUUGAAUUCAAAUAGUAAAUCCUUGAAAAUUUGAAGCCAAGUUUAUUCUUAAUCUGAAUUUUAAACCAAUUUUAAUCUUAAUCCAGUAUAAACAAACUGUUAUCUUACUCCAAAAUUCAUUAUUUCUGACCUUAAUCCGAAUCUUAAAAAAUGAAAAUCUUAAUCCAGUAUAAUAAACUCUAUUUUUUUGCUUUUGAAGGCACGCCAAUCUUAAUUGUGUUGAUAACUUAUCUUUCUCGUAGAGAACAUUAUACUGACGAGAAAACGUAAGUAUAACAGUCAAAGUUACGUCCCAAUGUGGACGGCGUGAUUGAGUAUAGAUAUCUACAGUACAGACACAGUCAGUAAAGACUGAUUUGAAAACAGCAUGCAAAAGACACGAUACAUUCAGCCCAUAUCGCAUUGGUGAUCACGACUGGGUCACCACAGUCAUGACUGCACGAAAUUUAGGAUCGUGCCGGUUCACAGGCAGCAUACAGUAUAUUGGCAACAUUGCAAACUCAACUUAGCAUUAAAAUGACUUUUAUGAUAGACUACUUUAUGAUAAAUAUUAUCACUUUCAGGUGUUGGUUAUCCCCAGAUUAUGGAAUUCGUUGGGCUUUCAUUGGUCCUGUCCUGGUUGUUAUUAUGGUGGGUAGUUUUUUUAAAUUGAUUAGUCAAAUAACCUUAAUCACGAUAGUCACUGCUAAAAUAUCAUUUUCAUUUUUUUUAUCAUAUUUUAUAUCAUAUUAUAUAUUUUAUCAUUUUUUUUAUCGUUCCUGUGUAUUUGCAUUUAGAUCAACAUCGGUGUGACAGUGAUUACUUUACGCAAACGACUGCAGUUGAGAACAAUUACUACAAAAGAAAUGUCUUAUAAACUACGGUAAAUCCAUAACUGUUCUGUUUUUGCUACUAUAGUAUAGCUGCCUUGAGUUCUGACACAAACCAAGGUAGCUUACUGUAAAAUACAACUUAAACUGGAUGCAAUCACCGUCUUGCACGUAUCAUGGAACCUCAGUUAACAUAGAAUUUGAAAUCGAUUCUUAUAUGCCUUUCCGCAGAACGUCGCUACGAGCUUUAUUUGUGCUGCUGCCAAUAUUUGGUCUCACUUGGUUAUUUGGAAUAUUCGGGUUUUCAUCAGACGCUGUGGCUGCAAUGUAUAUCUUUGUGAUUAUGAACUCGUCCCAAGGAUUGCUUAUGUUUAUCUUUCAUUGUGCUUUGAAUCAGGAGGUAAGAAUUUCGCACGACUGAUAGAGCAUCGAUAUAGAGCAAAGGCAGGCCUGCAAAUUAGUGCCGGUCAUUUGUCCGAUCAAAGCUUUUUAUGAGCGGACAUGUGACCGACCGAUUUAGGCUGGUCAAAUCUUCAAUCUCAAAAAAUUGAUUAUUUAACCCAUUUUUUAUUAAUAAAACCAACAAGAAAGCAAUAUAGACAGCACUUCUUCACUAUUUCUUGCUGCAUUAAUUAAGGUUAAACUGUAAGAUUUAAUUAUAAAUCUACAUCACCUUUGUUGUGUAACUGGUAGAAAUUAAAAAAGAAAAAUUUUACUUUGUCCAUUGUCCUGGAAAAAUUGAUAAAUGUCCAACCAAUUUUUGGCUUGGCCAGACAUUGUCCUUCCAAGUAAAAUGAUUAUUUGCAGCCCUGAAAGGUAAAACCUAAACGGUUAUCUUCAUCUGCUUAUCCUAACCUAACCCUAGCUCUGGUCUUGGACAUAACGCUUGAGACCAGAUUGUUUGUAUCUUGCUUAGUUUACAAACUAUUUCGACUGAAAAAAGUGAGCUGUUCGCCAUCUUGGAUUGUUGAGGAUACGAGAGAGAGGGGUCACGCUAAUUCUUUGUCGUGAGAAUAAGCGAUCAAUAUGGGUCCAAAACCUCGUUUCUGGUUGCUGUCUGAAAUUUAGAAAUGAUUAAAAACAUUUCAAACAAUUUUGAAUUGUUACUCAGUCAUUCUAUAGAGUAGUUUUAUAUGGUUAACCCAACUCCUGACGUCAUCAAAACCAUAAUUCAUGGGAGGUUAUUUCGCUGGCCUCAGAGUGACAAGACGUACCAAAGCAACGGUUUUACUAACACUAACCUUAUUCCAAACACCAACUCUAACCUUAACCAAACCCUACUCCAAGUUUGUUUCUAAACCAAUCUUGAAAAAAUGUUUUGACGAAAUGUCAUUCUGAGGUCAACGAAAUAACUUCUUCCUAGUUAAUGAGGUCAAGAAUUUAUAGUCCAAGAUAGCGGACAGCUCAUUAAUUUCGCUCUAAAUAUUUCGAGAACUAAGCAAGAUGACAAAAAGGUUUAAAACCAAAUCAGAAUUUUUAGGCAUGUACACUCCAUAUAACCAUGAAUUAUAAAAUAAAUGGAUAGGAAACUAGCUGACGUGACCUAAUGUUUUCAAUGGACUGAUUGCGUGGUUGGAUGUUGAAACCUAGUUGCAAACAAAAAUCUCAAGAACGGCAUGUUUAGCAAUAAUACAGCUAAACAUUUUAGUCAACGAGCAAAUAAAUAUAACUACGCCAUUCUACGAUUUAGCAAAUAUUUCAAGCACUAAACAUUGAAAUAUGCAUCGCAAAUUUCGUUAAAAUUGGCGACGCCAAUUUCGUAGCUACAAAUGUAAAAAAAUACAAAACAAAGACGAAAAACAUUUAACUAUUCACUUUGUCGUGGCUUAGGCAUGUUUUUAAAACAAUUAGACCAGUUUAUGCUUCAAUAUUACUCUAUUAAUGCGGAAAAUAUAGCGAAACAACAAAAAUGCUGAGAACUUUGCAAUACGCGUGACGUUACAGAUUGCAACUAGGUUUAGACUGUGACGUCAGGAAGUUUCCUAUCCAGUUAUUUUUCAAUCCAUGAUAUAACUCAUUUGUAGGAGGAUUGCAUUUUCUGCAACUGCUUCUGGUUAGAUUUAACAAAUGUAUAAAAUCCACACUCGCAAUUUCCAUCUACAAAAUCUUUCUUUAAAACCAAAUGCACGGCUUCAAAAAGCGUCUUCAUUUGUUAUCCAGGUCCGUAAGAUUGUGUUCCAAGGCCGCCAGAUUCAUACUCGAGGUGGCACGAUCUCAACCGGCUCAAACAAACCGCCACUACAAAAGAUCCCAAGCAAAAACAGCGAGUAUUCAAAUAAGGACACAAGCAGACAUUCAAGUGCGCGCUCUGUCAAAGAAAAUGCGUUGGAGGACGUCCAGCUUACAGACAACACGCUUGGUGUAGAGAACAAGCUUGCCGUAACUCCGCAAUCCGCCCAGAAUCAUCUCGUACCAUGAAAAGAGAGAUGGUCUUUUUGAAGAGAAUUGUUGAGAAGGACUUGAACUGUAGCUCAUUGUGUGAUAUAAGCUAGUUUUAGGAAGCUGUAGAAAGGUUUAAGCGAAGAAUUGGAGAACAAAGUUUGACGAUACAGUAAACUACUGUGCAACUGGAAUUAGAAUAGUAGAUUUUAAAAUUUACUAUUCCGUUUGAAGAUCCCCUAUUUAUUAAUCAGUUAAUGAGCUUGUUCACAGGCCAGUGUGUCUGAAAUUUGUGCCGUAUCCAGUUAGAUCCAACCGGACUUUGCAAUUAAUUUGAACAUAUAAUCAAAUUUCCAUUUAAAAUUCUUGUAUGAACCUUGGGUUACUGAGAGAGAGGACAUAGAGGGCAGUGUACCCCUGGCUGAUCCAGAACAGAUAGGGGUCCCCAAUUUGAGAAGGUACCAAAACUGUAAUGGGGCUCACCCAUCUGAAGAUGGGCCCAUAAUCCUUUAAGUUUUUGGUUUUCUGGGUCACUUGUCCCCCCAAAAUAGCACACUGUUUCUGCUAUUUUAAACUAAUUCACUCCUACAGAUUUAAGGGACACUUUUGGCUUUGGCCCUGCAAAAUCUGUCAGACAUUCUCUCAGCUAGAUUACAUAUGUCAUGGAUAGUUAAAAUAGUAUUAACUAUUUUCCAUGAUUACAUUGGACAUCAAGAGUUAUUAGACAAGCCAUAUUACACAGUAUUUUAGAAACUAUUAAGCA